ACAGGGGGUCGCGGGCUGCCGCCGCUUUCCAUACUAGGGCUAAAAAGGCGUGCAGAGGGUCUCCAAAGUCGUUUGCGAGAGAACCUUUCUGAACCGUUUGGGACGAAAAGCGCUCCUCUGACACCCACGGGACCAUGCAGCGGGUCGCCCUUUCCGUCUGUUUGGCUUUUGUGCUGCUGGCGGCCCAUUGCGCAGAAACGACACCUACGAAGAACCCAGCUACAAAACCCCAAAAGCCGCCACCUGAUGAUACUGGAUUUGACUUAUCGGACGCUCUUGGAGAUGAAAAUGAACCCACACAACCUCAGCAUCCUGCAGAUCAUCCUGGAGAUCAUGGCAAUACUGGAGGGGGGUUCAGUGAUUCUGACUUAUUUGAUGGACCGUUGCCUCCUGAAAAGCCACAAGGUGAUGCUUCUGAGUCUGCUCCAGAAGGUGGAAUGCUAGCUGGCAUUAUUAGCUCAGUAGUUGUGGCCGUGGUUGGGGCUGUGUCAAGCUUCAUAGCUUACCAGAAGAAGAAGCUUUGCUUUAAAGCAAGUGAUCAAGAGAAUGUCAAUAUGGAAAGCCAACAAGGAGCACAUAGUGAGCCACCAGUUCAACGCACUCUUCUGCAGAAAUCAUAAUGGAAUUUAAAGAAAAGACCAGCAAAACUGGAUAGAUACACAUGUUCCCUGACAAGUACCACAUCGUGCCAACAGCAAAACACAAAGCUGUCAAAGAGACUAAAUAAUUGUGUUGAAAUGUUUUUGAGAAGCAGCAGAAUGCUUUAAUAAAUCAAAAUACUUGUGUCACCUGUGGCAAACUCUGAAGCAACAGUGUUGCUGAUAAGUGGCUUUAAAACCUUUUUGUUGAAACAGCUGACUUUUGUUAGAAGUCAUCUCUCAUGUAAAGGUGAGGUGAUUUUAAGUUGUCUUUUGAUUUUUCUCUUGCCAUCAUUUGACAGGUCUAGUGAAUACAAUCCUAUAUGGAGUUAUUCCAGUCUGUUUCAAUGAGCUUAGGUUGGACUAACUCACAUUGGAUUGUGCUGUAUAUGUUGCAAGGACUCUUAGUGAUGUAGUGUGUGUCUGCAGGCACCCUGCACAGAAACACAUUGCAUCCCUGGUAGAGUAAGAUCCUCUUGUCAGUAAAGUCUGAUCCACCCAAGUGCUCUCUACAAUGUUGGUGUCCUCAAGUGCAUUGCUUUACUUUUCCCCAUUGGUCAAAAUGCUUGGAAAUGUCAUUUCAAGAUGAAAGAGGAACUUUUUCCUUGUCCCCAGAUGUCCAAAUAAACCCCGUUCAUUGGAAAUCAAUCCAACUUUGCAUGGCCAAAUUCCAGGUUCUGUUUCUUGGUCAUAGUAGAGGCUGAUAGAAUGGGAAUGGGUUUUUAAAUCUAGGUGUUUGAUCUGCAUAAAGUCAGUAAACCACCUUCUGGUUUUAAAGCCAUGGACUUUUGUCUUCCUAUACAAUACAUAGAAAGUGGAGAAGCAGUGGCGUAGUGGUUAAGAGCAGGUGUACUCUGAUCUGGAGGAACCGGGUUUGAUUCCUUCUCUGCCGCCUGAGCUGUGGAGUCUUAUCUGGGGAAUUCAGAUUAGCCUGUACAUUC